AUGGGCCAAGGGGACGAGAGCGAGCGCAUCGUGAUCAACGUGGGCGGCACGCGCCACCAGACGUACCGCUCGACGCUGCGCACGCUGCCCGGCACGCGGCUCGCCUGGCUGGCGGAGCCCGACGCCCACAGCCACUUCGACUAUGACCCCCGCGCCGACGAGUUCUUUUUCGACCGCCACCCCGGCGUCUUCGCGCACAUUCUGAACUACUACCGCACAGGCAAGCUGCACUGCCCGGCCGACGUGUGCGGGCCGCUCUACGAGGAGGAGCUGGCCUUCUGGGGCAUUGACGAGACCGACGUGGAGCCCUGCUGCUGGAUGACUUACCGCCAGCACCGGGACGCCGAGGAGGCGCUGGACAGCUUCGGCGGUGCGCCCCUGGACAACAGCGCCGACGACGGGGACGCCGACGGCCCUGGAGACUCGGGCGACGGCGAGGACGAGCUGGAGAUGACCAAGCGCCUGGCGCUCAGUGACUCCCCCGAUGGACGGACGGGCGGCUUCUGGCGCCGCUGGCAGCCCCGCAUCUGGGCGCUCUUCGAGGACCCCUACUCCUCCCGCUAUGCCAGGUAUGUGGCCUUGGCCUCCCUCUUCUUCAUCCUGGUCUCCAUCACCACCUUCUGCCUGGAGACCCACGAGCGCUUCAACCCCAUUGUGAACAAGACGGAGAUCGAGAACGUUCGGAAUGGCACGCAAGUGCGCUACUACCGGGAAGCGGAGACGGAGGCCUUCCUCACCUACAUCGAGGGUGUCUGUGUGGUCUGGUUCACCUUCGAGUUCCUCAUGCGUGUUGUCUUCUGCCCCAACAAGGUGGAGUUCAUCAAGAACUCGCUCAACAUCAUUGACUUUGUGGCCAUCCUCCCCUUCUACCUGGAGGUGGGCCUGAGCGGCCUGUCCUCGAAGGCCGCCAAGGAUGUCCUGGGCUUCCUGCGCGUCGUCCGCUUCGUGCGGAUCCUGCGCAUCUUCAAGCUGACCCGGCACUUUGUGGGCCUGCGGGUCCUGGGCCACACGCUCCGCGCCAGCACCAAUGAGUUCCUACUGCUGAUCAUCUUCCUGGCCCUGGGUGUCCUGAUCUUCGCCACCAUGAUCUACUAUGCUGAGAGGAUAGGGGCACAGCCCAACGACCCCAGUGCCAGUGAGCACACCCACUUUAAGAACAUCCCCAUUGGCUUCUGGUGGGCCGUGGUCACCAUGACAACACUGGGCUACGGAGACAUGUACCCGCAGACAUGGUCCGGUAUGUUGGUGGGAGCACUGUGCGCGCUGGCGGGUGUGCUGACCAUCGCCAUGCCCGUGCCCGUCAUCGUGAACAAUUUCGGGAUGUAUUACUCCUUAGCCAUGGCUAAGCAGAAACUACCAAAGAAAAAAAAGAAGCAUAUUCCGCGGCCACCGCAGCUGGGAUCUCCCAAUUAUUGUAAAUCUGUCAUAAACUCUCCACACCACAGUACUCAGAGUGACACAUGCCCGCUGGCCCAGGAAGAAAUUUUAGAAAUUAACAGAGCAGAUUCCAAACUGAAUGGGGAGGUGGCGAAGGCCGCGCUGGCGAACGAAGACUGCCCCCACAUAGACCAGGCCCUCACUCCUGAUGAGGGCCUGCCCUUUACGCGCUCGGGCACCCGCGAGAGAUACGGACCCUGCUUCCUCUUAUCAACCGGGGAGUACACGUGCCCACCUGGUGGAGGAAUGAGAAAGGAUCUUUGCAAAGAAAGCCCUGUCAUUGCUAAGUAUAUGCCGACAGAGGCUGUGAGAGUGACUUGA